AUGGCGUCGACGCGUCGGACGAAUUACCACCAGCUCAACAUCUACCACGACCCCGUGCCGGUUCUACCGUCCACGACCUUCCACGAUCUCCCACAAGAUUCGGUCGAGGCAGCUCUUCUAAGCGCCCUUGGCCAGCAACCUUUUAGACAAUCGGGCUUCGUGCUCAGUCCCUCGCACAAUUCGGCCACCGCCGACCUACCGAGAAAGCACUCGAGCUCGCCCGACGGCCCUCUCGGCAGACGCUCGCUCCACAACAUCGCCGUCCCCUCUCCGCUACAAUCAACCUUCCCGUCAGACUCGCCCGCCAAGUGCGGCUUCUUUUCCGCCAUGAACAUGAACAAGGAAAACAUGUUCCCCUACGAUCACCACCUUUACGCCGCACAGAAAGCCGUCCCUGCGAAGCGGGUGCUGGCCGACAAGACUAGCAAAAAGCCUGUCAAGCCAGCAGAGCAAUACGAUUUUGUCCUUCCUGAGCCCGAAGAGAUGCCCUCAGUACACGACGACGGUAACAAGCCCACCUUCAGCUAUGCGACUCUUAUCGGCAUGGCCAUCCUGCGCGCACCUAACCGCCGCCUCACACUCGCCCAGAUCUACAAGUGGAUCUCAGACAACUUCAAGUACUACCGCGCAUCUGAGACCGGUUGGCAAAACAGCAUCCGUCACAACCUGAGCUUGAACAAGGCUUUCAUUAAGCAGGAACGUCCCAAGGAUGACCCCGGCAAGGGUAACUACUGGGCAAUUGAGCCUGGCAUGGAACGUCAGUUUUGCAAGGAUCGCCCUCUGAAGAAGGUACAGAUUCCUUCCGAGAUGAUGCCUCUGCAGACUCUUCCCAGCAAUGCUCCCCGCCCUGUCACUACCCCUGCAAUUGGCCGAUUUGCCCUUGGCCCCAACCCUGUCAAGAAGACCGACACCAAGGCUGUAGACUCUGCUUCGUUCCCUCAGGACCACUUCUCUUCAGACGGCACGAUUCCUGCCAGCGACCCCGCCCUCCAAGAUGAUGAACUCGCCAUGCCUCCUCCCGCCGCACGCGCUUCUAUGCGUUCUUCUCCUCCUCCCGCCUUUGGCUCGUCUCCUCCACCCAUGCAAGACACUCCUCCACGUCCCUCGCGCCUACGUUUCCCUACCGAGACACACUCUGGCGGUGCUCGCAAGCGCAAGUUCAACGCUCCUCAGGACAGCGGCUAUUACUCCUCGAUCGAGUCAUCGGCCGUCAGAAACCCUACUAUCUCACACGUCGCCCUUACUUCCGACGCCGACCCAGACCACCGUCGUAUCAAGCGUGGUCGUGCAGAGGAGGAGAUCGCACGCAUUCGUAGCUCGUCAUACGACAGUCCUACAAAGCAGAAGACGGCCACUCACAAGCGCAAGCCUUCUGUGCACUUUGAAUACACCUCUCCCCAGCGUCCUACCUCUUCUGCUGCUGCUGUCGCUCCCCUGACCCCUGCCGUUGUCUUCAAACGCCCAGCCAAGCCUCCGCAAUCAUGCUCUCCCAACACCAGUCUGCGCAACCAUCGCAACAACAUCAAGGCCUUCCUCGGCGAAUCUCCUGCAAAGAGCUGGACUCCUCUGGUCCCCUUCUCCCCUGCUUUCAACCUUGACGAAUUCACUCCUGCCAAGGACCUUACUCCCUGGCGCGCAUCGAACGAUAACAACGACGUCUUUGACGAAAAUGCUGCUCUCGACGACCUCAGCGCUCGUGGCAGCCCUGGAAAGAAGCGUCCUCGUAUUGAACGUGCCGUCACUUCCACCGGUGUCCUGGCUGACAUCACUUCCGGCAAGGGCAACGCUAUGGCUCUGGACAGCCCCUUCAACUUCCAAUUUACUCCCUUGAAGGCUACACACCCCGCUCAGCUGCGCUCUCCCGUCAUGCUCGGCUCGCCUUUGAAGCGUGUAACCAUGGCUCCUCCUUCUACUGGCGUAUCUGAGAACGCUGUCAACGCUCCUGACUGGUUGGACUUGUCUCUUGACAACUACUUCCCUCAGCAGAAUGGACACGAGCUCUUCGGACUGGGCAUCCAGGAUGAUAUCUUUGACGAGCAGGGUCUUGACAUCCUCCAAGAAUUUGGCAAGAUCGGAUCCAAGCAGCCUCAGCUUCAGCCUACCAACCCCGGCAGCAGCAUGGGCAGCCCCGCCAAGCGCUCUCAGCGCCCUAGCAUCAGCAGAAGCAUCACAUCGAGAUUCUGA